AUAAGGCUAAAAUGAUAUCGUGUGAUUGGCAGUCCUUAUUGGAUAAACUGGUGACUUUUCGACCCUUUUUGGUUAAUAUGCUUGAGGCGGAACGAAUUGAAAUCCUCGGAGAUUCAGUGGAGUGUUGGAUGGAGAUCCAAAUCGGAGAAGGUCCUUUUGCUCCUAUUGUGAACGGCAUAGUUCGCAUUGGAGAUAAGAUGUCGGUUGUUGUGUACGUACGAGACAAGGGUGCGGGUUAUGAUGCACUAGUUAAAGACUGUUACGCUUACGACAAUGCCGAUUUUCACAGUUCCGACACCAGCCGGGUACAACUAACAGAUUUUCAAGGCUGCCCCCUAAAGCCGCAGCUGUUUUCUCAGUUCCUAAGAACUUUGGACACUCGCAACACUGGCGCAAGCCUCAUCGCGUUUUCAACUAUGCGUGCUUUCAAGUUCCCGGAUACAAUGAACGUGUACAUCGCCUGUAAAGUAGAAAUAUGUAGGACGCCCUGCCAGACAUUCUGUGACGACUUUCCUUCCGAGAUCGUUUCUUUCGAAGAAGAAGCUUUAGAGCAACGACAAAUCACAACAACCAUUCUUCCAUUUUUCAACCAACGAGACAUUACAACCACUGCCACGGCGAAUACUACGGUCACAGCUUUGCCAACAAUGGACUCGACAUCUACUCAGAACUUCACUAACACGCCAACAGACGCAGAUAUAACAACGGUUUCUACCACUCAACAGAUACUCGACGCUCGCUCUUUCCGUUCUUUUCCGAAUCAACGAGAGAAGAUAAAGACGAAUCGAUAUGCACGAGACUUAGGUCAAUCUGAAAACCCCAGUAACUUUUCUCUCAACUUACUACAAAGUUUCUCCGUUGUUGGUCCAGAAGACCUCCCAGAAUAUGAAGCCACUAUUGAGAACCAAGGAUUAAACCCAAGCCGCAAAGAUGAUGAUUGCAUUUCGUAUACUGUAUUCGCUGUGGGAGUCAGCGUUUUGGGGUUUCUGUUGUUCUUCUUCUUGUUGUUAGCUGUCAUCUUAUGCAUCAGACUGCGAGUCAGAAAAGAGGAGAUAAUGCUUACUAGUCCUCUGUAUAUCACUCGAAAGUAAAGUAACACUAAAAUGGAAAAUAAAACAAUUUUCUAGUUCACCUCAGCCAGAUUAAAGCGAGCUCGUUAUCACAUAUAAUAAGAAGGAGCUGUUGGAAACCACUUCAAACUUUGUUCGAAUACAGGGUACUCAAAGCAUUCAUUUUGUGCUAAGUAAUACAGUUUACCAUGUUGAGCAUGUUAAGUGAUAUUCCAAAUCAUGUUUAAAUACGCCAUCCUACCCUA